CCUAGGAUCGCUGCACCUUCACGUGGGCAUCAACCUAAUAUAAUUUGGGAUCGCUGCACUUUUGCGUGGGCAUCCUUACUGAUUGUUGCACCUUUGUACACAGAAUUAUUAAAUGGUAUAAGGGUGAAAUUAGGGCUUGCUGCACCUGUAGUUAUAGAAGUAAAAUUGGGAUCGCUACACCUUAGCGUGGGCAUCUUUUUGAUCGCUACACCUUGUUUGCGUGGGCAUCAUCAAAAGCUUCACGGAGUAAGCA